AUGGCACACAGGGCCCGCGGCGCGGCGCAGCGGUUGCAGCAGCGUCGGACGGCGCCGCCGGGCACUCGCGCGCGCUCGCGCGGCGGCCGCGCGAAGCAGCGCGAGUGGCCGAGGGGGGGCGGGGCGGGCGGCGGUGGGCUGAACCAGACACGCGUGCCCAGUAGCUGGGACACGCCCGGGUCAGUGCACUUUCGCCUGCGCUCCCCGCGGGGACGCACGGCGGCGCGUGCGGCGGAGGCCGGUCGCUCUCCUGGCGAGCGCUGCCUGGCUGCCUGGCCGGCCUUCCUCGCCGGAGAGGAGAGGAGGAGGAGGAGAGAGAAGCCAGGCGAGGCGAGAGACACCGCGCCGCGCAGGCCGCGGGUUCAUUGCCCGCCCCGGAGCCGCUUCGACCACCGACACGCGCAUCGACGCGCCGGCGGGCGUGGGCGAGGUGUUGGCUCUCGUGACGUCGGGUCGGGGGCAAUGGGGUUGGUGGACGGCGGGGCCACUGUGUUGCUGAGAGUGGCGGGGGUGGUGGCAGCAGGGGGCGUAGGUGUCGUGUUUUCUUAUGGGGUAGACUUAGUGGUGACGCUAGUGGGUGGUGCGUCUGAUUGUGGAUCGGCGUCGCUUGGGGAGGGUCCAGGCCCGGGGCGCUGCUGUCGGUCGCGUGGAAGGGGGCCGACGAUGACGAUGACUGGUUGGAGUGGGGCGACUGACCCAGCCACUGUGUGUGUGUGUGUGUUUACAUUGUCAUUUGCCUUCGCUCCACGUGGCGGGGCGGGCGGGGCGGCGUGCAGCGCGAGUGGCCGCCCCGUGGUUCACUGUGCGUCGGCUAGCCACCCGCCCCUGCCCAUCUAG